AUGGCUUCCUUCGCCGCCCAGUUCCAGGCCUCCUCCCUGGCCGUCCCCGCCUGCGUCGUCCUAAUCGCCUUCCUAACCUCGGCGCAAUACCUCUACGAAGUCAUUGAGCCGUACCCGCUCUCACCACGGCAAAACGUCGUAUUGAACGGAUUGAUCGCGUGUACCGUGGUCAGCUUCGCGCGCGCAUGCCGCACCGACCCAGGCCGCGUGCCGAAAGACUGGACGCCGCAGCCCGUCGCGGUGCACGGCGAGACAUGGCGGACGUCGGAGCCGGACAGGAUACCCAAGGACAGGCAGCGGUGGUGCUCCAAGUGCGAGGCCCCGAAGCCUCCGCGCGCCCACCACUGCAAGACGUGCAAGAGAUGCAUCCCCAAGAUGGACCACCAUUGCCCGUGGCUGGCCAAUUGCGUCUCCCAUACUACCUAUCCGCAUUUCAUCCGCGUCAUCUGCUACGCGACGGCCGCUUCAGCGUACAAUGAACACCUCUUGUGGAUGCGAGCGGUUGUCAUAUGGAACAAUAGAUACCUACCGAGCUAUCUUGGACCGACGACCUUUCAGCUGGCCCAUCUGUUUUCGCUUCUCGUGGUCAACACGCUUGCCUUCUUCGCUGUCAGCAUCAUGACGCUGCGGUACCUUAAAAUGUUCGGCGAGAACAUGACGACGAUCGAAUACUGGGAGAUUGAACGCCAUGAAACCCUGCUCCGGCGCGCCAAGUACCUAGGCGGCUUCCUCGACAAGCCCGACGGCACCAGGGUCCGCAUAAAGAAGCAGGAGUUUCCCUACGACAUCGGCAUCUGGCAAAACAUGAAGCAGGCCAUGGGCACGGGCAACGUCCUGGCGUGGCUAUGGCCCUUUUCCGCCACGCCCCCGAACCACACCGGCCUCAACUUCGAGGUCAACGGCUUCGAGGACCCGUCCGUCGUCUGGCCCCCGCCGGACCCUGACCGCAUGCCCCGCGUCCGCAGGCAGUUCCUUCCGGAAGACGCCUUUACCCACGGACGCCCGGACGCCAGCGGCGGGGAGAGCAUCGACGUGGACGCGUUUAGGAAGAGACAGGAGGAAGACCUUAAGCGCUGGGGUGGCGGGCUGCAGAAAAGACAGCCGUUCCACAAGCGCUACGAGGCCGCAGAGCGCGAUGACGUGCCCUCCCGUGACGAGGGUGACGCGGGCGAGGAAGCCUGGAGGAACUCGGAGGGCGAGCGGCUGGGCGAUUUCGGCGUCGACGAGGACGCAGAGUUCUACGACGAGGAUGACGUGCCGCUGAGCGAGUUGAUCAGGAGGAAGAAGGAAGCAGCCAAGAGCGAGUGA